GCCAGAAGAGGGCUUAAGAGCAAAUUUACCCAGCGCGAGUCGCUCGAGAUCGCUGGCCCCGACUGGCCUGACCCCGGUGUAGGGUCGGCGGGGCCCGCAGGGUCGCAGCGAUGGACUCACUGGCAGCACCCCAGGACCGCCUGGUGGAGCAGCUGCUGUCGCCGCGCACCCAGGCCCAGAGGCGGCUCAAGGACAUCGACAAGCAGUACGUUGGCUUUGCCACACUGCCCAAUCAGGUGCACCGAAAGUCAGUGAAGAAGGGCUUUGACUUCACCCUCAUGGUGGCUGGUGAGUCGGGCCUGGGGAAGUCGACUCUUGUCCACAGCCUCUUUCUGACUGACUUAUACAAGGACCGGAAGCUUCUGAGCGCUGAGGAACGCAUCAACCAGACAGUCGAGAUUCUGAAACACACCGUUGACAUUGAGGAGAAGGGAGUCAAGUUGAAGCUCACCAUUGUGGACACACCCGGCUUUGGUGAUGCUGUGAACAACUCUGAGUGUUGGAAGCCCAUCACCGACUAUGUGGACCAGCAGUUUGAGCAGUAUUUCCGAGAUGAAAGUGGCCUUAACCGGAAGAAUAUCCAAGACAACCGGGUGCACUGCUGCCUGUACUUUAUCUCCCCCUUUGGACACGGAUUGCGGCCAGUGGAUGUGGGUUUCAUGAAGGCCCUGCAUGAGAAGGUGAACAUCGUUCCACUUAUUGCCAAAGCUGACUGCCUGGUUCCCAGUGAGAUCCGUAAGCUGAAGGAUAGGAUACGGGAAGAGAUUGACAAGUUUGGGAUCCAUGUGUACCAGUUUCCAGAAUGUGAUUCAGAUGAAGAUGAAGACUUCAAGCAACAGGACCGGGAACUGAAGGAAAGUGCGCCCUUCGCUGUUAUCGGCAGCAACACCGUGGUGGAGGCAAAGGGGCAGCGGGUCCGGGGACGACUGUACCCCUGGGGGAUCGUCGAAGUGGAGAAUCAGGCGCACUGCGAUUUUGUGAAGCUUCGAAACAUGCUAAUCCGAACUCACAUGCAUGACCUCAAGGAUGUGACAUGCGAUGUGCACUACGAGAAUUACCGUGCCCACUGCAUCCAGCAGAUGACCAGCAAACUCACACAGGACAGCCGUAUGGAGAGCCCCAUCCCUAUCCUCCCGCUGCCCACCCCGGAUGCGGAGACGGAGAAGCUCAUCAGGAUGAAGGAUGAAGAGGCCUGUCGUAAGGGAACAAGUUGUGCAUAAUCUCCAAGAUCUCCCUUCCUAAAAGGUCGCUGCCCCAGCGGGCCAAUAAACCAGGGUAGAGGGACAUGGAUGCAGGAUCUCAGGCCUAUUACCCAAGCUAGUGCCGCAGAGUGGAGUUGGGAGGUCCCCUCUGCGAGUUCCAGUGGGCAACGAAGCAUAUGCUAAUGUCCCACUGUGUGUGGAAGCAGGCCGGAUCCUCCGUUCAGGACCAGAGCACAUGGGUUUGGAGGCUGAGGCCUUUAGGAAGACCCCAGACCUAGAUGCGUCAAGGAGAAAGACGGGCAUGACGCGCUAGACCGCUCACGCUCCUUCCUGGGUCAACCCGAAGGACACCAGGGGCGGCAGGAACGGGGGGUCCCCUACUUUCAUCUACUUUUGGGUCAAGGUCUUCUCCUCCCAGCAGCACUGUUGCGCUGGGGUUCCAGCCCUUGGCCUCCUCCAUCUCUCCACCCGCAUGAUUCCUCCCUUUACACCCCAUUUUCCGUUUUGUUCAGUUGUGAAUGCGCAUCCUGUCCUGGUGACAGGAGAACAAAGUUGGUGAACGUC